GCCGGAAGCGGUGGGCGGGGCCGGGCCUCGGCGAGCGAAGGACCCCGGAGAGUGUGGGCGGGGCCUAGAAACUGACAGGUUUCCCAACCCCGCAGAUGAGGAAGCGCGAGUCGGACGGACGGACGGACGGACAGCGCGGCCAUCGCCGGCAGCCCCCGGCCUCGGAGGCGGCGGGGUCACACAUGUGCAGUGUCGUCUCCGCCCACCUGAGUGUGACUGACAGGACCCCGCUCCCAGCCACGCCCUCCCGCCUGACCGACAGCUGACAUCACCGCAAUGGGAGUCAGUCCCCUGCCUCAGCUCCUGCUCUGCUCUGCCCUGCUGACGGCCACAACCCCACUCGGCGCAGGCCCCACCUUCAACCUGACCUUCGACCCUACGACCUGGACGCUGACCUGGGAGCCCUCAGAUGCUGUGGUGACGUCAUGCAAAGUGACCUCUCCGGGGGCGGGGCUGCGGAGGCGGAUCAUGCCCCAUUCCGGCCACUGCCGGUUCCACCCGCUGGAGCUGCACCGCGGGGUCACGCUCGAGGUCAACGGCACCGUCGGGGGCGCAGCCGCCCACGGGAAACUGCGCUUCCUCAACGCAGGCGCGCCCGGGUCGGGGGCGGAGAACCUGACGUGCGAGAUCCGCGCCGCGCGCGUCCUGCGCUGUGCGUGGGGGGCGGGGCCUGCAGCGCCGGCGGACGUGAGAUACUCGCUGCGUGUGCGCAACGCCUCGGGUCACGAGGUCGCGCACUGCUCCGCCCCCCCGGGCGACGACGUCAUCACACGGUGCCAGGCGGAUGACGUCACGCAGCUGCCAGACAGGGCCUACUUCGUGGUGACCGGAUCCAGCCGGUCAGGGCCGGUGCGCUUCCUGGACGCCAUGCUGAGCACCAAGCUCAUCGAGCGGCUCAGCCCCCCGGGCGCGGUCUCCGCCUCCUGUAACUCCUCCCACUGCGCGGUGGCCUGGGCCCCGCCCCCAACCCUGGCGGACAUGACCGCCCACGACUUUCACUUUGAGGUGGAGUGGAAGGGUCCGGACCCCAGCUCAGAGCCACAGAAGGUGCUCGUCACGGGGGUCACCGCCGUGACCUUCCCCAGCCCCGCCCCUCGCGGCCGCCAUGAGGUCAGGGUGCGCGCCGGUGACGUGCGGUCUGAGCGCUGGAGCGACUGGAGCCCCGCCCACGAGAUUGGCCCCGACCCCGCCCCUCUGCCCGCCGUCCUCCUGUACGCGCUGCCGGCCUGCGCGGCUCUGCUGUGCGCGCUGGCGCUCGGGGCUGCGUGCCGGAGGCUCCUCUUCCCCGCGAUUCCCGGGAUCAAGGACAAGGUGUCGGACAACGAGCGCGUGAACCAGGAGACGCUGAGGAAGGACCUGCUGCAGCCGUAGCCACGCCCACGGCGAUGACGUCAGCGCAGGGAGCCCCGCCUGGGCCGUGAUUGACAGGCCGGCUUCGGAGAUUUAUUUUUAAUAAACGUGGUGUUUGCGGGACGUCA